CAAUUGUCUUUGCUUUGUUUAGAGUGAACACCCAUUUUUCAGGAGGGUGAGGUCACUUCAGCCUGGGCAGGAGGGACAGCCCCUUGUUGGCUUUGGGGAUUUUAAAUCUGAGACCCUGCAGAGCCUGUACGAGUCUGAAGACCCCAAGAAGAUCCGUUUUGUCAACUACUUGCGGAGGAAGGUUCCUGCGCCAGGAACACAGAUGGAGAACGCCAUACGGUUCAUCAAGGCCAGAAACAAGCAAAAAGCUGCCGCUGCAUCAUCUGCGCCUGCUGGAUCAGCAUCUGCGUCUGUAUCUGCUGCUGCUGCCGCCGCCACUCCAUCUACCAGCAGCAGCAGCAGCUCUGCAUCAGCAUCAGCUCCACCAGGCGUGGCAGCUACAGCAACUGUUCACUGCACUUUGUUUACCUGUGUUCUUUCAAAUUCACUUUUAACAUCUUUUUUGUUUUUAGAUUCACUGCUUUUGUCUCUGGCCGGCGUUCUCUGUCUGUGGUGGAAAUGCAGGCUAAAGUCAAGAAGCUUGUGGGCAAGCCUGCAUUUCCAGCCUCCUCCAGACCAGCUUCUUCCUCUGCAGCAUCUAAGGAGCCCACGGAUGAAGAGCUGGUCAGCGCUGUGGUUGACAUAGAGUCCUCACACGUACAGGCUCCUCCUUCUGCUCCUGGCGCUCCACCUCCUCCACCGGAUGUUGUGGCUGAGGAGCAGCCAGCUCCAGCCGGUGUCCCUCCUCCUCCGUCUGCUGGCAAUGCUGAGGUGACGAAGAAGCUUGCAGGAGCCGCCUCUGACUCGGCCGCAUGGCCCACCAACGUCGGCAAUGAGCGUGGUCAGGUCCUCAUGAGCGUCCUUACCUGCUCUGAGGGUGCUGAGGGCCCGUCCAGGAUGGCGGCCGGGCUCAUGAGGCGGUAUCGACUCGCCAAGGUUCCUCCCCCCCAGCUAAUCUACGUGGACCGGUACUGCUGCAGUCGAGACGGCGUGUCCAAGACAGCUGCCUUGUUUUCGGACACCUGGAGCACCCAGAGGCGGCACCUCAGCUGCAUCCAGGACUGGCCGGGGGUGCAGCUCUACACCGAGACUGGUAGGCUGACUAAAGGUGGGGUCAGCCUGCCAGUUUAUCGCUGCGCGAGAGGCUCCACGUCUGACACGGACAGAUCUGAGCCAUCUGGUCUGCCCCCCCCCAGAAGAGGUUGUCCGUCCCGGUAUUUCGCAGACAUCAGCAUCUCUCCUCAGACUCUGAGGAAGAGGUCCAGGGUCCUGAUGGUCAGCCAGGAUAUCAACACAUCAGCAGGGUAG